CGGCUCGGGACCGGCGGGAGGACUCCCGGGCGCGGGGCGGCGGGCAUGGAGCGGUCGGAGUCGGUGGAGGCCUGGCUGGACGACCACCGCGACUUCGCCUUCUCCUACUUCGUGCGGAAAGCCUCCAGGGAGAUGGUCAACGCCUGGUUCUCUGAGCGUGUCCACGCCAUCCCCGUCGGCAAGGAGGGCGCCCGCGGCCGCGCCGAGUCCUGCCCGAGCCCCCCGCAGCCCGGCCCCCGCGUGGAGGCCGGCGCCCCGGGCACCCCCGCCCGCAAGAUCUCCGCCUCCGAGUUCGACCGGCCGCUGCGGCCCAUCGUGGUCAAGGACGCGGAGGGCGCCGUCAGCUUCCUCUCAGACGCGGACCAGCAGCAGCAGAUGCCGCUCCCGGCCCGCCGCUUCGAGCGCGGCGGCGACGGGGACCGGUGCGCCCGGCUGCUGGAGCUGGUGAAGGACAUCUCCAGCCACCUGGACGUGGCCGCUCUCUGCCACAAGAUCUUCCUGCACAUCCACGGCCUCAUCGCCGCCGACCGCUACUCGCUCUUCCUGGUGUGCGAGGACAGCUCCAACGACAAGUUCCUGGUCAGCCGCCUCUUCGACGUGGCCGAGGGCUCCACGCUGGAGCAGGCGUCCAGCAGCUGCAUCCGCCUCGAGUGGAACAAGGGCAUCGUGGGCCACGUGGCCGCCUGCGGCGAGCCGCUCAACAUCAAGGACGCCUACGAGGACCCUCGCUUCAACGCGGAAGUGGACCAGAUCACGGGCUACCGGACGCAGAGCAUCCUCUGCAUGCCGAUCAAGAACCACCGGGAGGAGGUGGUGGGCGUCGCCCAGGCUAUCAACAAGAAGUCGGGAGACGGCGGGACGUUCACCGAGAAAGAUGAGAAGGACUUCGCUGCGUACUUGGCGUUCUGUGGCAUCGUCCUGCACAACGCACAGCUCUACGAGACGUCGCUGCUGGAGAACAAGAGGAACCAGGUGCUGCUGGACCUGGCCAGCCUGAUCUUCGAGGAGCAGCAGUCCCUGGAGGUCAUCCUGAAGAAGAUCGCCGCCACCAUCAUCUCCUUCAUGCAGGUGCAGAAGUGCACCAUCUUCAUCGUGGACGAAGACUGCGCCGACGCCUUUUCCAGCGUGUUCCACAUGGAGCGGGAGGAACUGGAGCGAGCGCCCGGCGCGGGAACAAGGGAGCGGGACGGCGGCCCGGUCAACUACAUGUUCGCGCAGUACGUCGCCCGCACCAUGGAGGCGCUCAGCAUCCCGGACGUCAGCAAGGACCAGAGGUUCCCCUGGGCGAAUGAAGGCGUGGGGGGCGUAAGCCAGCAGGGCAUUCGGAGUUUGCUUUGUACGCCCAUCAAAAAUGGGAAGAAGAACAAAGUCAUCGGGGUGUGCCAGCUGGUGAACAAGAUGGAGGAGAGCACCGGCAAGGUGAAGCCGUUCAACCGGAACGACGAGCAGUUCCUGGAGGCCUUCGUCAUCUUCUGCGGCCUGGGCAUCCAGAACACGCAGAUGUACGAGGCAGUGGAGCGCGCCAUGGCCAAGCAGAUGGUCACCCUGGAGGUCCUGUCCUAUCACGCCUCAGCCGCCGAGGAGGAGACCCGGGAGCUGCAGGCCUUAGCGGCGGCCGUGGUGCCCUCCGCCCAGAGCCUGCGCAUCACCGACUUCGGCUUCAGCGACUUCGAGCUGUCGGACCUGGAAACGGCGCUGUGCACCAUCCGGAUGUUCACUGACCUCAACCUGGUGCAGAACUUUCAGAUGAAGCACGAGGUCCUCUGCCGCUGGAUCCUGAGCGUGAAGAAGAAUUACCGGAAAAACGUGGCCUACCACAACUGGCGGCACGCCUUCAACACAGCACAGUGCAUGUUCGCCGCCCUGAAGGCGGGCAAGAUCCAGAGCAAGCUGUCGGACCUGGAGGUGCUGGCCCUGCUGGUCGCCGCCCUGAGCCACGACUUGGACCACCGCGGCGUGAACAACUCCUACAUCCAGCGGAGCGAGCACCCACUGGCCCAGCUGUACUGCCACUCGACCCUGGAGCACCACCACUUUGACCAGUGCCUGAUGGUCCUCAACAGCCCGGGGAACCAGAUCCUCAGCGGGCUCUCCAUCGAGGAGUAUAAGACUGCGCUGAAGAUCAUCAAGCAGGCCAUCCUGGCCACAGACCUGGCGCUGUACAUCAAGAGACGGGGAGAGUUUUUUGAACUUAUAAGAAAAAAACAGUUCAACCUGGGAGACCCACACCAGAAGGAGCUGUUUCUGGCGAUGUUGAUGACGGCGUGCGACCUCUCUGCCAUCACGAAACCCUGGCCCAUUCAGCAACGGAUCGCAGAGCUGGUGGCGGCGGAGUUCUUUGACCAAGGAGACAAAGAGAGGAGGGAGCUCAACAUAGAACCCAUGGACCUGAUGAACAGGGAGAAGAAGAACAAGAUCCCCAGCAUGCAGGUCGGCUUCAUCGACGCCAUCUGCCUGCAGCUGUAUGAGGCGCUGGCGUGCGUGUCCCCCGACUGCUCCCCGCUGCUGGACGGCUGCAGGCACAACAGGCAGAAGUGGCAGGCGCUAGCCGAGCAGCAGGAUGCGCUGGUCAACGGGGCCAGCGGCUCCGCCCCGCGCAGCUGACCGCCUGGGCCCUGGGCGGGAUGUCAUGACCUCGGCCUGCCCGGCCGGCCUGGACACAGCCCCCUGCCUGUGCCCUCCCCACGCUGUCCCGGUGUGUGUGCACAGCUUCUGAGAGCACCGCAGACUGUGUGCGGGGUGUCCUACUGUGUGUGUGUUGCCCACUGAGCUGAGGCUCCCCUGAGGCUCUGCACGGACUCCACCCCCCACUGCAGGUCCACGCAAGAAUCGGUGCUGAAAGCGUGGGCUGUUUGGCUUGGGAAUUUUAAGUAAUUGGUUUUAUGGUUUUGGGAUUGCUGACCUUUCGAGAAUGUUUGGAAUCUUUUCUUUCUCAAAAAUAGGCCCCGAGCAAAUGGAAUAUAUUUCGUGGCACGUGAAACCUGCAUAAGGUUGAGAAAAAUCGGGGCUGCGUGGAUGAGAAGGGGGGAGGGGGAGAUUUGUCAGCAAUGUGUGAUGUUAAAACACUGAACACUCCCAGACCAGCGGGAGGUGCUGCCAGGCGGGGUUGUAAAGCAAAGGUGCCCUCUCACUGACGAUCACUGGUCUGAUCACCAGACCAUGUGACCCAGGAACGCCACGGCCACCGGUUCUGUCCCUUCUCUGUGUGACCUCCGUUCGCCUUACAGCAGGCGGCGUGCACCUCGGUGGGAAGUCAGGAACCGAGUGGCGAUCGGAGCCCAGAGCUGACGGGAGCGGUGGCUGCAGAUAAGAACGCGCAGCCGAAGGCCCUCUGGAUGGACGUGGGGCAGCAGGAACCACUCCGCCAAAGGAGGUCACCAGGCUGCUGGUGGCGGCAUCGCCCAGCAUGGCCUGGAGGACAGCCCGCCCGGGUGGCAGAGUGGGCACGUGCCCUGCACCCUGGCCCCGGGCGGAGCUGUGUCCACGCCUUAGCUUCCAGGCCACGUGGGGAGUGUGAACGUUUUAGAAUCUGAGCUCCACGCGCAGCGUGUGCUCCUGUCCUGGAGACGCAGGGCGGGGCAGGCGCUGCUUCUGGGAAGACAGUCUGCUCCAAACCCGUGCAAAUGUCUGCACUGAGCAGGAAGAGAGGUAUUUGCUGGGUUUGUUACCUCCCCCUCCCCCAAACAACACCAAGUUUCUGUCACUGUUUUGGGGGGGAAAUCUCCUUGGGGUGGGGGGUGGGGGCGGUAACAGCAUUAGCAAAGCUUUCGUGAAACAAGGUUCCCUUGUGUAGCAUUUUCCUCCAAACUGCCUAACACUCGACAUGUGAAGUUUCCUGUCUGUGCACUUUGAGCUAAUGCCUCUGCAUUCUUGCCACUCAGGUAAAAAUAAAAAUAAAGGGGGGGGGGGGGGGGUGUCUUACGGCCAUUCCUCUGUGGGAAAGGCCAGUCUGCAAGUUACAGACUGUGUGGUGCCGUGUGUGUGGUUGUCAUGACACUGGUAUGUUCGGGAUGUCACCCCAUUCCUAUUUCAUGUCAUAUAGAUGAGUGAGGAGCCUCUUUGGGGGCACAAGGGUGUCUGUCCCAGGCUGCCCCUGAAUCACGCCCCUGUGCCCUGUGCACACGCAUGUGCACGCGUGUUCCUCCGUGUGGAACACUGUCUGAAGUGGCAUCUCUAAUAGCCCCCUGUCACCGUGCACCGUGACCAGGCCUCCAUCUGCGUCACAGCUUCCGUUCCGACCCGCACACGCCUCUGAGCCUGUGAAAGCCCCGCAGAGCCGUCUGUGCGGGCGUGAGGGCCAUUGAACAGGCACAGAAGUAACUUAGGUCAGAAGCCCCUCGGUUUGCCCUCAGACCGGUCGGUCUCACUUCACGUGCUUAGCAGUUAGAAGGGGCGCUGCCCUGCCUGGCGCUUCAGCCCCCACAGAAGGACCCUCCUCAGAGCUGCUUCCAACCGUUUAACUUUAGGAAAAUCAUUCCGUUCGUGGACUCCUAUUGGUAUGUGGCACCAAGUUUCCAUUCUUGCGUGACUGUUUGCUCUCCUGCCGCUUCCUAGUGGGAAAUGGGGGGUGUACAGUCUGUGGUGGGGAAAACAGUGCAGCAGUGAGUAAGCAGCACGAAAGAGCAAGCUGCUUCCUGUGCUCACAGCGGUCCCCCCACUCAGCAGCCCCCACCGCCCCGUGUGCCGCCGCCGCCUCCCUGUGUCCCCCACAUGGCGGCCCGCUCUGCCCGGAGAAGGGCGCUGUGGUUUUGGCUGAGCACCAUGAGGCCGGGACUUCACUCCAUUUCCAGCCCCAGCCCCCUCCUCUCAGGCGUUAAAACCCUGUGACCGUGGCUGCAUCCUGUGAGUCCGGGGGCCACAGCCUCUGUCCCGGCCGGGGAACGGGGCGCUGUGUCCGGGCGAAGCCGUGUCCCCGAGGGGACAUCACAGGCGGCGGCUGUCCCCCGGCGCCCAGGCCACUGCCGCCUGGGACCCGCGGCCACGGAGCUGUGGCCCCACGUGCGGCCCCUCAGACACGCCUCACUGGCUCCCAUGCAGAGGCUGGUGAGCGGCCCUGCUCCUGAUUCCAGAAGGUUCCUGACGCCCUGCUGGCCGCGGGCGCGUGGGAACCCGCCGGACUGCGGCUCCGAGGGGACGGCCAGCAGCGAGGGACGUGCCGUGUCCCGCUCUGAGCACGCGUGACAGCCCUGGGAUGUCACGUCCCCUGCGUUUUUCACCGUCCGUGCUCCGCAGACUUCACAUCCCACAGCAAUGCUGCUGCUCCGUCCUGAGGUCGCUGGCGACAAGAGGAGGACACCCUGGCUCUGCCAUGGCCUCCGAGUGCCCGCGGCCACCGGGCAUCUCCACCGCCCGGCCCGCCUGGCCCCGCCGCGCACCAGGCGCUCCCGGCCCCUGGGCGGCGCUGGUGAGCCCGCUCAGCGCUGAGCCUGCGUGUGGCCAUGGGACCCAGGCACGUGUGCCACGUGUGUUUUCAUCGGUAACGUGUGGUGGCGCAGCUUUCCAAGGAGCUCCUCGCCCACCCCCUCGGGGACCUGGUGGGACACCUGUCUUCCUGCGGACGGUUGCCACCAGAGCGCCCGCCGGGCCCAGUCGCCGCCGCCUGGCCACGGGCGGGUGCGGCUGCUGCGGGAGCGGCAGGGAGGGUGGCGCUCACGCCGUCUGCACCCCCUCCUGAGGCCUGUGGACGCGUCCGGGUGAAUCUGUGGAAAGCCGUGGAAAUCUUGAAAAUAGAAAUUUCUAUUCCAGGUUAAGACAAGAAAACCUUAUGAGUCCUCACUAGCCACUGUUCAUAUCUAUUUGUAUUCUUAUACCUUUUCAGCAUAUUUGAACAAAUAUAUAGUUUCUGGCACUAUUUUUGUACUAGGAUAACGGAGGUCCUAUGUAUAUUGUGUUAGCAUUUGAAUAAUUGUGGGUGUUGAUUUCUCGUCUUACCCCACCCCCACCGCGAGAAGCAUGUCAGAGACAGGUCCCUGUGAAGGAACUCACGGGGACCACCCCCCACAAGGACCAGCCCUACAAGCCUCUGUCAGGGUGGCCCCAGAGGGCAGGCUCAUUGCUGCCCGGUGUCUCCGGUGCUGCCACGCUUUGUAAAAAUAAAAGGCAGAAUGAG